UGGAGGAAAGGGUUUUGAAACAUGUUACUUUCAAGCGAAACGCACUUUUAUUUUUAAACUAUCUGACGGAAGGGUGAGGUGGGUUAAUAGUGCUGACGUUAUUUGUUCCUAUAUUAGUUAAUAGUGCUGACGUUAUUUGUGAUCUACUAGUUUCUUAACACACAGCUCUUUGUCCGCAUUAGGACCUGUAAAUUAUACACAAGUUAUAGAGCAGUAUUCAGUAAACAUAAACCAGAAUAACAAGUCUGCAGAGUAGGGUCCGCUAUAGAAUGUCUUGUGAAGCACUGUUCGACCACAGUCUACUGGAUCACCUGGACUGGUCCAAGCACAGAGCUCACUACAGAGAUGACAUCUCCCCUUCUAACUUACCUCCUGGUUACAAGAUGAGACCGUUACAGAGUGAUGAUUUUAACCGUGGUUACUGUGACCUCCUCUCUCAUCUUACUAAAGUUGGUGACGUCACUCCAGAACUCUACCUUCAGCAGUUCAAUCAGAUGAAAGAAAGCAAACUACACUACAUAGUGGUAAUCCACGACCAGGAGAGUGACAAGGUGGUGGGAUCAGCUACAUUGGUGGUGGAGCACAAGUUUAUACACACAGCAGCUAACAGGGGUCGUAUUGAGGAUGUUAUUGUGCACCCUGAUCAUCAGGGCAGACAGUUCGGAAAAGUUUUACUUGAUCUUCUAAUCUUGUUGGCAGAAUCAACCAACUGUUACAAGCUAAGUCUGGACUGUAACGAAAAGGCUAGACCAUUUUAUGAGAAACUAAAUUUAGAAAAUGUCGAAGACCAUAGAUUUAUGUGCAUUAAGUUUUUUGAUUAGUUUUAACCAACACGAUUGAGUACAUUUAUUAUUUUGAUGAAAUUAAUGGGGUAAAGAUUGAUUGGGGCGAACAUACUGAUUACUGAUACAAUUACAUGCUGCCUUAAAUUAUUUUGACAAUUGUUUAUUCGCUUUUUGAUUUUGAAUUUAUGUAACAGCGCAUGAAUGAUGAAUAUUUGUCUCUAUAAGCAGACAUUUAACACAACGGUAAAUGCUUUAAAACAGUUUAUUUAUUAUGUUUGUAAAUUUAUUAGUUCAAAGUGAUAUAGUCGUUGUAAAUAUUUGGUUUUACAAUUUCAAUUCCAAAAACAUUAAUCCGUUGUGUUCAUUUCAAAGCUAAUCUUAAUCUGAACUAUCUAACAGUAACAUUUGCUGUGCUUUAUUCCAUAUUCUAUAUUCUAUGUAACAGUAAC